AUGUCUUCAAAAGAAGGUCGUCAAUCUCCUGCACCAGAGGAAUCCACUGGAGCUCAGCAACAAGACACCCCAGGUGAUGGACAGGGAGUAAACCCAAACACCAACAACAAGGAGGAGAGCAAGUCCCAGCUUGAUGAUCUUUCAUCAAACCCAAAACCAGUCCUCCAAGACCACAUCAAGGAGACCGUCAGCAAGACAACAGAUCCAUCUCAGAGUUCAAAAUAG